GUUACGGUUACCUUAGGUACCUAGUUACAAACCUCCACAUUCGUUUGUGAAGGGUUGCACUGCCUCCGCGAGGCUCGAUCUCCUUCGCGAAGGACUGUAAUAAUCCUCCAACAUCAUGAGAUCCGAUACCUGACCUUACCGUUACCGCCGCUCUCACCGACAGUAAGAUGAGCGAUGGCGGGCAACAAGACCAUCUGAACGGCCACAGUGCGUUCAUCCUAGCAGUGUUUUGCAUCGUCUCGAUCUUUGUCAUCUGGCCAGUCCGCAUCCCUCUACCACGAUCUUUGCAGCGAGUAUUACUGGCGACCCUGCGAUGGUCUCGCAUAAUAUCACAUCGCGACCAUGAUCUCUUAGCUGGUCGGCGGCUAUAUUUCUCGUUGUCGCUCAAGACUGCCCCAGUCAUCGCUGUGAUAUUGCUCUUGGCUACAACUACGAUACAUGGCAGCACGAUCAAGCUGGGAAUCAAAGGUGACGACAGUAUCAAACCAUAUGAUGUCCUGGUUCUUUUCAUCUCUUUGGCCUACAUAUCCAUCGCGCUCGAUGGUACGGGUGCACUUGAAGCCGUCGCGCUAUGGGUGUCCAAGAGAGGUGGCAGUUCAGGCCGCUUGCUGUUUACCUACCUCUACUCAUUCUUCCUAGUCACGGCUUGCAUUGUUGGCAACGACCCUCUGAUUCUGUCCGGAACACCUUUCCUUGCAUACUUGACGCAGCAUACCCAGCUGGAGCCGGAAGCAUGGAUUUUCAGCGAAUUCAUGGCCGCGAACACCGCUUCAGCCGUACUCGUGUCCUCUAAUCCGACCAAUAUUCUCAUCGCAGGGAGUUUCUCACUGAAUUAUCUGACGGACUUCACAAAAUGGACCAUUUUACCUUCAAUCAUCCCGGCUAUUCUGACCUAUCCGAUAUUGAUGGCCAUGUUCCGCAAGAAGAUCCCAAAGAUACUGACUCCUCUGCAAGACAAUCCUUGGCUGAAGCUGCGGGACCGAACUGGUGCCAUCGUGCUGAGCUCACUUAUGCUCGUCACCGUUGCUGUACUCGUCGGCACUAGUUUCGUUCCCGGUCAUGCGGUGGAAGUCUGGAUGGUCACAAUGCCAGCAGGUAUCUUGGCGUUCCUUUUCAACAUAAUAAGCGACAUCUUCAGCUUCAGAAAACAAAAGACAGCUGCCAAACAACAAUCAGCCGAUCCGUCAGCCGAAACCGAUGGCAUUCGCAGAGCCGGAGUCAAUCCCACCGAACAGCAUCCCCUGGGCAAUUCCAAGGAGCGAGCAGAAGGCGAGCAAGAAUCAUCACCCUCAAUAAAUCCGGAACAGCAGAAAUAUCCUGAGGAAGACGGCGCCACAUUCAUGUCAGUCAUGCGAACCCUGGCCAGUCGAUUUCCCGGAACAACACGAACACUCGCUCGCCUGCCUAUCCCGCUCUUACCAUUCGCCAUGUGCGAAUUUAUCCUGGUUCGCGGCCUGCAGCAACGAGGCUGGAUCGCCGUAUUCGCCCGAGGUUUCGCGAACGCAUGCACAACGCCGGCCAAGACAGUGUUCUUCAUGGGUUUCGUCAGCGCAGCAUUCCUAUGUCCGCUCGCCGGAACCAAUAUCGGCGCCACGAUCAUCCUGGUUGAGAUUAUGCGUGAUUCUGCGUUCUCCGGUUCUCCUCCCGCACUGGCAGAUCCGCGAAUACUCCUUGCAGCGAUCUAUUCUGUUGCCAUGGGUAGUAAUAUUGGGGCAUUCAGUUAUACAUUCGCGGGCAGUCUUGCGGGACUUCUGUGGCGCGAGUUGCUAGCUGACAAGGGCAUCAAGGUCAGUCAGCUGAAGUUCGCGCUUGUAAAUGCGCUUCCACUGUUGAUGCAGAUUACUACUGCGUCAGCCAUAGUCCUUGGUGAAGUUUAUUGGUUCAGCUAGGGACAAUACAGCUGUACAAAGGCAUUGUUGCACGUCAGCUAGAUUGCAAACGACGCAAUCAGAUACCUCACAACGUGCACCGUGUAAAAUAGGAUCCCAGCCCGAACAUCCUUCCAUCUACUCAUAGGAUAUGAGAGGGGGAGGAGCAAGGCUGUAAAAGCAGCAAGACAUAUCUCAAUUCCAAGGCUAGC